CGUCGUCUUUCGUUUCGUCUACAUUAUGUACAUAUGUGCUUAAAUUUAACACAUUCUCUGAGAAGUUUAUAUUUUGUUAAUCAAGUGCGAAUUGCAUAAUGUAUUUUAAAAUAAAAAAGAAAAAUCCAAUAAUAAACAUUCGCAAUCUCACUGCAAAAAUUAUUAUCCCAUUAAGAUAAGAUUUAUUUGAAUUACUUUGACAAACUUAUACCUUUAAAAAAUACCUAUUGUUUUAAAAGCAAGCUACAGUCGAGUCGAGGGCUACACCGCCGCGCCGGCCGCACCGAUAAGUAGCAUUUUAAAGUGGGAAAAAAAGAAAAGAAAAGAACACGAAGAAUACGAUAUUUCAUCGAAUGAUUCUAAUUUAACUCAAGGCAUCAGUGGGUUCUCGGUUAGUGUCGUUACGGCAACAGCAGAGACAUUGAAAGAAGUCAUUAGGCUACCGAGAAUGCAUUUCGCGGCUUUUAGCUAAAAAAGAAAAAUAAUUUUAUUUAUUUUUUUCUGAUUAAGUUUUAUUUUUUGACACUUCACAACUUUUUAUCUCUGCUUAAGUAAAAAUGGAACCCUGGCAGAAGAUAUCGUGUUUAUUGUGCGUUUUUGGAUUUAUCCGGGAGAUACGGCCAUCUGAACCUUAUAUUACCGAAUAUUUACUUGGCGGAUGGAGGAAUGUUACUCAAGAAGAAGUUAAUAGGGAAGUGUAUCCUGUGGGAACAUACUCCUAUCUAGCUCAACUUGUGAUUGUUUUUCUUGUAACAGACUUUUUAAGGUACAAACCUCUCAUUAUAAUAAUGGGAAUGGCCGGUAUCAUCGUGUGGAGCAUGCUACUUUGGACAACAUCCUUGGUUGCACUUCAAAUCCUUGAAGUAUUCUAUGGUACUUACAUGGCAGCUGAAGUUGCCUAUUUUACUUACAUCUAUGCAAAAGUCGAUAAAAAACAUUAUCCUCAAGUGACCUCGCACACAAGAGCAGCGAUGUUCUGCGGGAAACUUGUAGCUAGUGUUGUAGCUCAAACACUUCUCUACUUCGGACUUACGAAUUACAAAGACUUAAACUAUAUAACAUUGGCAACUCAAAUUUGCGCUACCAUUUGGGCUUUUGGUUUGCCAAAAGUGACAACAAGUGUUUACUUCCACCGAAAACCUUCGUUAAGUAUUUCAAUUGCAUCAAAUGGAUACCAAGGUAGUAGAACUAUUGUUGAAUCAUCACAAAAUCAUAUUUCAGGACAGCAAGUACACUUACCUCCGUUACAACUACUUUGGUCACAUUUCAAAAAUGCUUACACAAAUGUCAAAGUUGUCCAAUGGAGCAUUUGGUAUGCUGUCGGUGUUUGUGGUUACUUUCAAGUUAUAUCAUAUAUUCAAGUUCUAUGGAUAUCGAUGGAAUCCAAUCCUGAGACUGUUUGGAAUGGAGCUGUGGAUGCAAUACUUACACUAUUAGCAGCUAUUUUUGCUCUUGCAGCUGGUUUUAUACAUGGAUCGCGUCUUAAUCCGAGAGGAAGUUUGUUAGCAUUGGCAGUAUUAUCUAUUUUGGAAGGAGGGGCUGUGUUACUUUCAUGCUGGACAACAAAUAUAUUUUGGUCUUAUGCUGGAUAUAUUAUUUUUGGAGCACUCUAUGCCUUUGCUAUAACCGUUUCAGGCGCGGAAGUUGCUCGUUACUUAGAAGAGGAGAGCUACGGAUUAGUUUUUGGAAUCAAUACUAUGAUUGCACUUUUAUUGCAAUCUAUUCUAACAUUCGUUGUAGUUUCGGAGACUGGUUUUGCGCUUACUGUAGUCGGCCAAUACACUGUAUAUUCUUUUUAUUUUAUCAUAAUUGGUGCUGUAUACUUUUUAUCUGUUGUGAUUGAAUAUUUUAUAAGUCGGGAAAACAAAGCUUAGCUAUAAAAUAAAAAUACAAAAAUUCCUAUUAAAGUCGUUUUUUAGGAAAUUUUUCAAGUAUUAGCAGUAAAAAAAAACUAUCACAAAUGCACAAUUACUUAAUUUAGUUGUUGAACAAGAAAAUGUCUCAAGUACAAACAUUUUUGUAAAUAAUAAAAAAAAAAAACAAUAAUUAAAAUAUAAGUAAGACUUA